AUGGUCUUCACCCUCGCCAGAAUCAGAUUGUUACUCUCGUCCUUCCUCGUGGUCUACGUGGCCUACUUGUUCUCCUACAAGUGCGUGCAAUUGAAGGAAUCCACCCUCGAGCAUGGGGUCCAGUCCGUGCUCCACCCAUUGACUCACACCCACAACCAGGCGUGCGACGCCUUGAACCAAGGAUCCGAGUACUUGAAGCCGUACGUGGCCCAAGUCCAACAGUUGUUGGACACCCACGUCCACUCCCACCCAUUGUUCAAACAAUACAAGGUCGAGGCCAAGCUCGCGUGUGCCAAAGGCAAAUACCAAACCUACUUGAGUCCGUACGUGCAACAAGUGUUCCAGUUGAUCGAGAUCAUCGAGCUCCGUGUGUACGAGUACGUGGUUGCUGCGUACACCGAGGCCAAGAGACUCUACACGCAGUUGACCCAGUGA